AUGUCGCGAGAAACCUCGAGAUCCAAGGCUGAAGUCGUUUUGCCGGCCGAACGUGCCUCUACUGGGACCAGCGCACUAGGUGACGGCCACGAGAAUCAGACUAGGGGUGAUUCCUACGACGACGCCCGCGGCACCCAGCAAGGCAAACGCAAGAAGAAGGAACCUAUUCCUUGCGGCGACGUCAUUGAUAUUUCGUCUGACGACGGCACGGAUCAUCCGGUCAAACGUUGCCGUGAGGAAACGACGGAGAAGCGGGGAGGAAAUGGAUCUGCGCAGGCGUCCAUCGCGCGCGAUCUCAAGAUACAGCAAGACAAAAACGCGGCCCUCCAGGACGCACUUGUGGCUGCUUACGCCACACAGAAGAAGCUCACUGACGAACUUGAGACGUUGCGUGGCGAAGUGGAGACAGCCUCGAAUACAUAUGCGGAGCUGUUGCAACGAUUCGUCGAGACUACAGAGGUACCGAACUCCAAUCACUCCAAUGUGCGGCUCAAGAGUCAGACCGGCGUGCAAAUGAACUAG